UGACGUCACCCGCCUGGCAGGAUUCUACCGCGACCCUUUUCGAUAGCGUGACAGUUUUAAAAGGUUAUCAAAAAUGUCGAAAUCUUUCUGGUUCUUCCUCUUCGUCUUUGGUAUGGUGGUGUGUUCCGCAUUGCCAAGUCCGGAUGGAAAAUCGGAAACGGAAAAAAACACGGAAACUGUUAAAAGUAGCUCGAGAGAAGCGAGAUUCGACGAGAGAAAAUUUAAACAAGAGAUCGAUAAGAACGAAAUUUCUCAGUUUAUGUCUUCUAAGAACGUCAUCAAGACUUUAGUCAAAUUGAUAUUUGGAAGUGAUGAAGAGAGCGCUGCCACUUCUAGAAAAAUCCUGCAUUUGUUGGUGAACGUGUUGGACAUGUUGAAAACUACACUGGGCCAGAGAUCGCGCUCAUCUCAAGCUAGAAGCGUAAGAGAUACUUUAGACGAAGCAGCUUUGGCUGGUGCAUCUAUGCUGAAAGGAUACGUCAAGUCUAUCUUGACUAGAGAUGCAAGAUGCGCCCAGAAGUAUAUCUGUGAAGCUAGUAAGGAUGCGGUGAAGGAAGGAGACAAAAUUGGUUACAUCGUUGCCCAAUUUGGAGGGUAUGCAGUCAGUUACAUGUUAGAAAACCAAAAAUUAAUACCAUUCCAGAUGAAUUAUAAUGCUUCCAGGAAGGGAAGAAGUGGAGAAGAUUGCCUAAGCAUUUUCCAGUCUUGCAAUGAAACCGAAUGAUUGAAAUUAUGACAUUUUUUGUGAGUUUUAAUGUCUUUUCUUAAAAAAAAAUAUAAUCGACGAAGACGCUGUGCGUUUGAGUUUGAAGAAAUUUUAGUACUCGAUGUACGCAUACACGAUUUGUAUACCAAUAGAUAUUAGUAGUUAUUCGAAAUAUUUCAAGUACUUUGAAUCUUCUCUACGGAUCACGAUACUUUGCUCACAAACAUUUUUGCAUUCCAUUGGAUUUUGUAAAUGGUCAGUUUUGUAAUUCCUUGGUUCUUGACAAUGCCAGCAGAUUGUUAUUUAUUAAAUACACAGACUUUUUUACCAUGUGGAAGGUUUUGUUUUGUAUUAUAAUAAAACAUUUUUUUAAUAAUUUAAUCACAUUUCACAUCAAUUUUGUACAUUUUUUUA